UUUCCGUUGACUAGAUGUAGGUUCGAAGAUCAACCUAUAGGGGGCGCACGUAGCCCAUUUGACAACUUGAGUUAACUGAGCUGCUGCACCUGGGAGAGAUUGGGCGCGGACAAGGGGAUGCUCUGAAACCAUACCAUGCACUGAAAGCGUGCGCGUCUGUGUUAUUGAUAUUCUUUGGUCUCGGUCGAGCUGAGAAAACGCUGUUGUGUUGUUGGCAGCCUGGAGUGCAGAAGAGGGAAUAGACUGGUCAUUGUGUUUGUUUCCAUUUUGUGAAUAUAAGGUGGAAACCCCUUCAUCUGGUCCACCUCUGACCAGGUCUGUGGCGAUACAUUUCACUUCCCUGGCCUGCCUGGGAAAUGUUGACUGAGGGAGAUGAAUGACUAGCAUCUCCAGUGUGGCCUCUGGACGUCUGACCGCAACACGGAGAACGCCAUGAAAUAUCUACCGCGGUCUUCACUAUUAGUGGACCAUUAAGGCCAGUCAGCAUCUUCACACAUCAUACACAUGCUCUCAGAGGGAAUUUGCAGCUUACAUUAGGAAAAAAUAUUGGAUUCAGGCCCACAUUAUUCCCUCAUGGACAGGAGGAGAAAAUGUGAGACAAGAUAAGGCACUUCUCUUCGACUAACGGGAUAAAAAAAAAGCAGAAAGGCUUUUGGAUGGAACACAAGGCAGAUCGGACCGUUGACGUGUUGAGCCUCUCCGACAACUCUCUUGGGCAAAUGAAGAACACCAACCGGCAGCUACCGGCUUUCGCCCCCGUGGGCGACGCCAACGCCAACGAGAUCCUCUCAGGGGAGACUGGCACGAGAGAGAGGGGCUGGAAGGAUGGUAGCCCGGUGCCACCGCUGGUGUCCCAGAACGAUACCCAGGACCGCAUCAUCAUCUGGGACACUGAUGCCGAGUGUCAGGAUGUCGCUCUGGAGGAACUGGAGUUGCUGGAAUGCCAGGAGCUGGAAGCGUUCCUCAGGAAACGUGGGAAGAAUGAGUACCGCAGCAUCAGAGGCGAAGGGCGCAUGAAAGGAGUGCUGUUAGACAGACAACCCAAGACCACUACUACCACUAUUACCACCAGCAGUGGCUCCGGCUCGACCAACACAAGAGGCUAUCAGCAAAACAACAACAACCACUGGAGGACCAGAGGCAGUGUGGAAGAACUGGAGUGUUGCUCAAUCGCUCAGUCGUACACUUCGGAGAGCCUGCGAAAGGCCCGCUCCAAUUCCGAGGGCAACGUGUUCGCCUCGUCCUCCCUCUCCACUGUGCCUAACUUCAGCAGCAGCCUGGCCAGUGCUUUGGACAGUGCCGGCAGUCACUUGUCUCAGUACGUCUACCCUACCUCAGCCCAGAGCCGGGGCCAGCAGCACCAAGCAGCCCGAGAUCUGUCACCCGAAGUGGACCAAAACCACAACACCAUGCUGCCUCAGGGAAGGGACCCGGGAAAACCCAACACUCUCGUCCAGGGCUACGCUUUCGCACAGAGCAAUGCAAACAGGAAGUACCUGCCUAGCAGGCUGGUGGCACCCAAGCAGAGGCUGGAGGAGGUGUGUGUGAAAACGGACUGGAGACAGGACGUCAGUGGCAGGCAGGCCAACGGAGCCUCCAGCGAGAGGAAGAAGAGUUGCGACGAAAGGGUACCACCGUGUCGUCGGCAGCUGGUUCGGCCAUUUUUAUCUGAAACCAACCCAGAACACACCUCUUGGGGUCCGGAUCCAACUCCCCAGCCGCCAUUCCCCUCUGCAGACGUUUGCCAUGCAAUCAAUAACAAGCAUCCUGUGCACAGGGCAACAUCGCAUGUGAACGGCAGCUCUCAGUAUUCAAUCCACGGCUCAGGGUCACUGAAGGGCAAAUCGAGCACAGCUGGGCCCUCCAGUCUGGAGAGAAAGGCUCCUGUCACUCCAAGGCUCUGCCGGAGCCCCAGUGGGGCCGACUCUCCCCCUUCCCCCCGAGACACAGGGUCACCGCGGAGACACCCCUCCACGUCCCCUCCCAAACCCCCACCGCGGGGGUACGCCAGCACCCCGCAGGGGGUCACCACCACCAGCAGCAGCAGCAGCAGCAUCCUGCGGGCCCCCUAUCGGACCAGCCUGGGCACGGGCAUCCCGAAACCCCCCGUUCAGGAGCGUGCGUUCCCCCCGCCACCCCCGCCUCACGAGAGGUCCUCGCCACCCAAGUGCCCGCCGAAGCCCAAGUCCGUCCGGCCAAAAAUCAUCACCUACGUCCGCAAGGGUCCCCCCGUGAAAGUCCAGCCUCUGGAUGGCCCCCCUCACCAGGUGUCCUCCCUCCCCGGGAGGCUCGGCUCCUACACGGGCACACAGGUGUCCUGCGAGGCCAACGGCAGCAGGGGUGAGAACCUGGACUCGCCGGUGCUCAGUGCCUCCAACCUGUUGUUUGAUAAGUACCGGCAGGAGAUGCAGAAGGCUCAGCAGUUUAAGCCCACUGGAGUGGUUGGCUCAGGGAUCAAGACCACCAGCUACACCGUACCCCACAAGCAGCCCAGCAGGGCAGAUAGCUUCUACGGGUCCCUCAACAGCAAGUGCAUGCCUGGAGGGAUGAAUAGACCUUCGGCUCAGUUUGGUAGUCUGGGUCCUGGACACACCUUGGGGUCAGACAGGGCUCCCCAGAGGGCUCUUAGGCCCCAACUGGGAGUCGCAGGGGCCGUGCGGGGCCCAACCAACUCCGCCACAAAGAACCGCACAUUCCCAGCAGCGGGUCAGAACCAACCAGUGCAAGCCGUCAGCCCGGCCCCCCAGAACCUUCAGAACUCCUCUGGACCACUGGCAGACCUGAAGAAACCCGUUGGGGGUUUGAGCUCUAAGUCCCUGCUGCCCAAACCGUCUCUGUCCGGGCUGCGUCCUCCAGGCUACUCUCGGCUGCCCCCGUCCCGCCUGACGGCCUUCGGCUUCGUGCGCAGCUCCAGCGUGUCGUCGGUCUCCAGCACUCACUCCGGUGACAGCAUCCUCAGCGACCCAUGCAGACCAGCCUUCCGUAAGUUACCGUGA